AUGGCCCCGCUGAGGGCUUCAGGGUGCGUAGCCUUACGACCACUGCUGCUGCUGCCGCUGCUGCUGCUGGCAUUCUGCUGCUGUUCCUCAGCGUCAAGCCGACUCUCCCGCUGCGCAUCCUUCUUGCUUUCAUUCCCAGUGGCAGGAAAGGGGGCUACGGGAGCAGCAGCAGCAGCAGCAGCAGCAACGGCAGCAGCAGCAGCGACAGCAGCAACUCGAAAAGUCCUCCCACGAACGGCCCACUGCGCGGCGAGUGCUGGCGCACCUGCAGGGCAUGCGCCUGUUGCACCGUCACCCCUCGUGCUGCAGCUGCAGCAGCAGCUGCAGCAGGAGCAGCACGCAGCAGCAGAGGACGGAAAGAGCCAGGGAGAGAUCCUGCGCCUAGAAGGGGUGUCUGUACACUCCGGCGCUGCUGCGCUGCUGCAGCAGGUGUCGCUGCAGCUGCAGCGGCACGAAAAGCUGGCCCUAAUCGGCAGCAAUGGAGCGGGAAAGACCACUUUGCUGCAUGCGAUUGCAGCUGCUGCUGCGCAGCAGCAGCAGCAGCUAUUUCAACAGUUGCAAAAGCAGCAGCAGCUCAGGCAGCAGCAGCAGCAGCAGGAGAAAAGUAGUGGAAGCUCUGAGCAGCGAACUCAUCGCCAAAAAUUGAGUAAGGCUGCGCGUAGACAGCUGCGGAGGAUGUCCUCUCAGCCGCAGCAGCAGCCGCAGCAGCAGCCGCAGCAGCAGCCUCCACCGCCGCCGCAGCAGCAGCAGCUUCAAGAGCAGACACAGGAGCAGCAGCAGCAGCAGAGUCCAUUUGAAAUGGGAACAGGUGUCGUCUCAGGCCUCAUUCGCUUCAAAUGCUCCCCUUCUCGCGUGGCGCUGCUGCAGCAAGAGGGCCUCGAAGGCUUCAGUGCUGCUGCUGCAGCAAAGACCGUCAGAGAGGAAGUGUACAGCCACCUGCGGCAGCAGCAGCAGCAGCUGCAGUAUCAGAUAGAGCAGCAACGAAGACUGCUUCAGGACCUCACUCUGAACAGCAACAACAGCAGCAGCAGCAGCAACUCGCAGGCACCGGACCGUGCUAUGCUGGCUGCAGCGUCACAACUGUCUCAACUGCAGCAGCAGCAGCAGCAGCAGGAAGAUGAUGAGCGGUGGGUAGCUACGGUGCUGCACCAUGUAGGCUUUUCAGAGCAGCAGCAGCAGCAGCAGCAACUCGGGACCCUCAGCGGCGGGGAACGAAUGCGUUUGCUGCUUGCGAAGGCGCUAUGUGGGCGGCCUUUUUUGCUGCUGCUGGAUGAGCCGACGAACCACUUAGACGCUACUUCUGCUUCUGCGUUGCAGCAGCUGCUGCAGCAGCUGCCGCUUCCUAUGAUAAUUGCUUCUCACGACCGCCAGCUGCUGCAGCAGGUCUGCAACGGAGUGUUGCUGCUGCGGCGUGGCUGUCUGGGUCCGAAGUUCGUUGGCUCUGUGGCUUCUUUUCAGCAGCAGCAGCAGCAACAGCAGCAGCAGUGGGUUGCUGCUGUGCAGAAGCAGCAGCAGCAGCUGCAGCAACUGCAGCAGAAGCUGCACAGACAGCGGGGGCCGCCAACUGCAGCAGAUCAGACGCUGCUGCAGCAGCUGAAGCAGCCGCCUCCACCCCCUGCCUCUCACGAGCCAGUAGGGAGGCCCCCAGUCUUCUUGCUGCCGCACAGCCCCCAAAGAGCAGCAGAAAUAAUGGCUUUAAGGGGCUGCACUCUUGUCGUCUCCAGCAAGUGUGACCAGCAGCAGCAGCAGCAGCAGCAGCAGCAGCAGCAAGAGGAGAAGGAGGUCCUGCGUGACGUGACCUUAGUGGUCCGGCGGGGCUCGAAAAUAGCCAUUGUGGGUCCCAACGGCAGCGGCAAGUCAACUCUCCUCAAGGCGCUGGCGGGCCAGGUGCGAGGGGAGCAGCAGGAGCUGGAGCAGCAGCAGCAGCAGCAGCAGCAGCAGGAAGUGAUGAUAACAUCUGGGGAGCGGAGCUGCGGUGUUUCACUGCGCUCUUCGCUUUUGCUGCUUCCACAGCACCAUGCGGAUGUGCUUCCUCUGCACAUGACCGCGUUAGAGGCUCUAAAAGUGGCUGCUGCUGCUGCUGCUGCCCGUCGCCCAGCAGCAGCAGCAGCAGCAGAACCGGACGACGCAGCCGAUGAGGCGGACCUCGAAGCCACUGCUUUGGCAGCCUUGGGCCGAGUCGGAAUUAAAGGGCCCUCCCUGCGGGCGCCUUUGAAGCAGCUAAGUGGGGGGGAAAAAGCGCGGGUAAGCAUUUGCCGGGGUUUGCUGCAGACAGGAGAUAUGGGGGCUUUGCUGCUGGACGAGCCUUCGAAUCACCUGGAUGCUGCAGCUGCUGCUGCUCUUGCUGCUGCUCUCCGCGCCUUCCCCGGCGCUGUGCUGCUGGCCACCCACGACCCCGCCUUUGCAGCAGCAGCAGCAAACGAGAUUGUCGAAAUUGACCCUAUUAGCAAGACGCUGAGACUGCAUUCCGCUGCAGAUGUGGCGAGACUCUCUGCUGCUCUUGCUGCUGCUGAUCCGCUUGCUGCGGUCGCCACCGCCCCUGCUGCGGCUCUGGCUUCAUGGCGAAGGCAGUGGAGCUCCUCGUUCGCUGGUGCAUUUGCCAAACACCAAUCCUGCAACAGGAACAGCAGCAGCAGCAGCAGCAGCAGCAGCAAUGACGUUCGCAAGCGACGGUUUGGCGGCAGCGGGGUUUCGAGCGGGAGAGUGAAGGGCGUAAAAAAUGCAAAGAGGUGGCAGUGA